CUCUGUUUAGCUUUCAUUUUCUCUUUUUGAUUCCUAGGAUCGAGAUCUCUGCGUUCUCCAGCAAGAAAAUUGCAUCCGAACUUGGAAACAAAACUAUCAAAACAUUAUACAUACAUACAUACUCUGCUGGAUGGCCCCAGGGAUCUGCCUGGAGCUCCUAGGAUCAUGUCCCAGGUGGUUUGCAUUUUCCUUGCAAUGCAGCUCCUACUUCUCCUAGAAGCGUUGCCUUGCGAAGACUGGGAGUAUGAAAUUAAUCAGGAAUGCUGCCCCAAAUGUGGUGCAGGGUUCAGAGUCUCCAAGAACUGCACUAUCAAUUCAAGUACAAGCUGCGUUCCAUGUUCAGAGGGGACAUAUACAGACCACCCCAAUGGGCUGACGGAGUGCUUCAGAUGCCGAGUCUGUGAUACAGGAGCUCAUCUGAGAGUGAAUGAGAAAUGCACCUAUAUGCAAAAUGCAGUCUGUGGCUGCAACCCAGGUUACUUCUGUAACCAUUGGAGUGAGACGUCAUGUGAGAUAUGCAUCAAACAUGCCGUCUCUCCGCCUGGUUAUAAGGUGACGCAGGCUGGCACAGAAACCAGCAACACCAAGUUUGUACCUUGCCCAUAUGGGACUUUUUCAGAGGCUGAGAUGUCCUUCUCCUGUGAAGACUGGACUAAUUGCAGUAAAGAAGGCUUGAUAGAAGUUCAGGCUGGCAGUGCGUCUUCCAAUGCAGUCUGCGAUCAGAAGCCACCCAAUGUUGUGUUGUUAACUACCAUUCCUGUUGCUGUUCUUCUCUUUCUCGCUUUUGGCAUAGCUCUUAUCAUUCUAUGGAGACGACGGAAAUGUUUCAGAAAAGGUGCUGCUGCAAAACAGAAGGAAGAGCAAAACAGAGGUUACAUCCCUGUUCAAGACAGCAACAGCCCAGCUAUUCCUCUGCAGGAGACUACUCAGAACCAUGGAGAACCAAGCUAUUGCAUGCAUGCUUGAGGAAACAAAUCUUUGCCUUGAAAAGAAGAUGUGCAAGGGCUCAUCACUGAUGCAUCUGGCGGUUUUGAAACGCACACAGAGAACAUCCAUGUUCUCCUUUCCUGAGUUCCUUGUGGAUGUAUUGCUUCCUCAGCGCUCAGCUAAAGGAUCUUUCCAGAGGCACUUUCCAAGAACAGGUCCUAAUCCCAACUUGGUUGAAGCCCUGAGUGAUCUCCAGGGCUUUGGCUGUGCAACCAGUAUGGGUCCAGUGCCCAAACAACUCAUUGCUGAGACGGAGGAGGACAGAAGAACAGUAUCGUUGUGAGUUGUGGCCAGGUAAAUCCCUGAAGUUACAACACUAAAGGACAUGUAAGGUCUAUAGGACAGCAUGGAACAGGGAUCUCUCUCUCUCCUCUACUUUUCAAGUCUGGGAUCUAGAGGUGCCAGUGCUCUAGCCAUCUUGGACACUGUGAACUUUCAAAAGCCUUCUAUGGGAGCAAAUGCUUUUGAUACAAUAGCAAUGCAUUCUGUCAUGCCUCUCUUUGAACCUCAGCCAUUCCUUGACAAACCAGGGCUUAAAGACAUGACCUCCGAUGAGAUUGGCUUAUUCAGCUCAUUGGUGGAUGAAAAGCUAGAUCAUUUCCAAAAAGAUGUACACUACAGUAAGAAAGACUGGGGUAACCACCUCUUCUAAACCUUCUGCUUCCUCCAGGUUCAAGCCUUAUUGGCCUUGGCCUCACAAGGGCCAUCCAGUCCAACCCCUUUCUGCCAUGCAGGAACUCUCAAUCAAAGCAUCUCUGACAGAUAGCCAUCCAGCCUCUCCUUAAAGACCUCCAAAGAAGGAGACUCCACUACACUCUGAGGGCAAAACCUGGGCAAAACCUAUAACAGCAUGCAAUGUUCACUCCUUCCUAUGGGCUGUGCUUGCGGAAGGUUUUAGCCUUUUCAUAUGGCCACCUGGUAUGAUUUUAAUAAACAGUUUAUACAUGCAACUAAUCACAUGUGCAUCAUAAGCACAUAACUGUAAUUCAAAGUCUGAAUUUUGGCAGCCUGUUGCUUCACUUGUUACAUUUAAAUCUGAAUUAAAAACUUCCUUGUUUUAUAAAA